AUGAGUUGGACAUUCCCCCGAGGCCUCCUAGGUGGAGUAAAUAAAUACUCAACAGGGAUUGGGCGAAUCUGGCUGGUUGUCAUGUUCGUCUUCCGUGUACUGCUCUACGUGGUGCCAGCAAAGCAGGUGUGGAAAGACGAGCAGAAAGAGUUCGAGUGUAACAUUGGACAGCCUGGCUGUGAAAAUGUGUGUUUUGACUACUUUUUCCCCAUCUCCCAGGGCAGACUUUGGGCCCUACAGCUCAUCAUGGUCUCCACGCCUUCACUUUUGGUGGUUCUACAUGAAGUCUACUGUGAGAAUAGAGAGCUAAGGCACCAAAAGAAACUCUAUGUCAGCCCGGGUACAAUGGAUGGCGGCCUACGGUACAGUUACCUCAUCAGCCUCAUGGUUAAAAUUGGUCUUGAAAUUGGCUUCCUUGCUUUGUUUUAUAAACUGUACCAUGGCUUCAGUGUUCCCUACCUUAUGAAGUGUGCCGUGAAACCCUGCCCCAACACUGUGGACUGCUUCAUCCCCAAACCCACUGAGAAGACGAUCUUUAUCCUCUUCUUGGUCAUUACCUCAUGCUUGUGCACUGUGUUGACUGUCGCUGAACUGAGCUUUUUGGUCCUUAAGUGCUUUAUGAAGUGCUGUCCCCCAAACUCAAGUCCUCUGUGUGUGUGUGCCGCAGCCUCAGGUGCAUUGGAUGUGGCUCUUCAAGGGUGUAGUUUCUAUCACUGUGUCCUGCUCUCACAGACUCACCUCACCUGGUCCACCCUGAAACUUUCUGGGUCCAUCGAGCAGGCAGUGGCCUCAGAGAUCAGGAAAGGUAGUCACUUUUUCCAGGGACAUGCAGUUAAUUAA